AUGGCGAAGAGCCUGGAUGAUCUGAUCCAGCAUCUGCUGGAGGAGAUUGCUCUCAGUGGAAAUCAAGGUGUUACCAUCAACGAUCUCGCAGCCUUCACCUCAUCUUUCUAUCAUGAACCCAGCGGUGACCCUCCUUCAAAUCCGAGCGCCGCAGAACCGCUUCCCUACCACGGUGUCGCUGUAGACCCACCAUUCUUGUCUAAGAUCUGGACAUGGCUCGGACGCCAUCCAGAUGUCUCUAUCGGCGAGGACAGGAAGUACAAUGCGAUAUCUCUGGCCGAAGUUGAGCAUCGGUUUCCUGGUUAUCUCAGCGCCACAACAGGCGAUAAUCAGCCUACCAACAAGGUAGGCCAGGACUCGGAUCAGUCUCGACAGACUGCCUCCCCUACCAAACCCAGUUCAACCACUCAGCAUCCUAAGCCCAACGACGGGCCCCGAAUACAUGUCAACAAUGAACGCGUCUACCAGGCAAUAUGCGGCCACCCUCCAGACCUCGGCAAAGUGUCUGCCAUGGAAUUCGACCUUCUUUCCCACAUUGCCGCAGCACGAGCGAACGGUAUUCUGCAGGGGGAUCUUCGACAAGCGUCCGGGCAAGAUAAACGCUCCGUGCCUAAGCGAACUGACGCCUUGGAGAAGAAGGGCUACAUCAUUAAGGAAGUGGUCUACCGGAAAGGUAACAAGACAAGUCGACUUGUCUUGAAGAAAUUUGCCACCGAUUCCCGCGAGAACGUGGAUCCAUCGCCUCGAGGGUCGACUGUAAGGGACGUCGUCCGGAGAAUCUUCGAUGAAUUGUUCCGCCAGAACCUCAUACCCCAGACCAAACUCGCCGAAGAGUUGAAUCUUGAAUCUGCUGCAGAGGCUGCUGCUUUGAGGAGAAUUCUUCGUCGGCUUGAGCGACUGAAAUGUGUUAAGAGAGUGAAAACUGCGACCGGUCCCUCUGCCACCGCCAGUGAUCUGGAACAAUUCGUCCAGCUUCUGCACCCUCCAGGACCCGAAGAGUUGGGGCGGUUUGACACAGAAGACUUGGCCCUCGAUCAACCCCUUCAGGAGCUAAUUUCCGCUGCAGGAUCAGCGGAUAAUGGUGACACGAUUGCCGGCUUUUCCACGACAGACGACCAAGAAGAAGAGGCUGGGACCGCCCGUCAUGUGGCAAGAUGGAACCCAGACCGUUCAAUGCCUAACGUGGUAGUGGAUGCUGUGCGUAUUAUGGGAAAUACAGGUUUCACAAACUGGGAUGCCAGACGAAUGAUAACUGGCGUUUUUGUCCGCCGAACAAUGGAAUCAUUGCUGCAUCGGAUCUCGUCACGGUCGCUAUUAGCCCAACCACCACAUUUGCGCCACCUUGCAGUUGUCCGAGUGUCGAUAGUUGUGGAUGGCGUUGCUCAGUACAUUCAUUACUCGUGGGAUGUAUUCCGCCAGAUGGCCGAAAGGCAGGAAGUCGACAUCAACCAGGUACCAGGUGCUAAAGAAGCUCUUCGGACCGUUUUGCCAGACGGCUUGGAACAGAGGACCGAUGCCAUCUCCUCCAAGUCGAAGAUCAACACCGAUGAAUUUGGAUUUCCCCUUCAACCAUUGCUACCCCUUCAAUUCGAGAACGGAGAAGCAAGUUUCGAGGAUAUCAUCCGGACCGUCGCGGCUGGAGACUUUGUCCAUCGUGCCGCAGAACCAUCAAUCAUUGAGAAAGACGGAGUAUUGUCCUUGAAGUAUCGCGAUGCAAUUCCCUCCCAGCUCAAGGUGCGGAAAUCCGCUCCCGGCCGGCCGAAAAAGCAGCUUUCUCAACCCCCUGAAGCCCAAAAAGGGGGUUCCCCCUGCGAAUCAGCGGACGUACGGAUUGGUCGUCCUCGCAAGUACUUGAAAGGCACAGAAAAAUUCUGGAGGAUGCAAUUCCAGCAAGCUAGGAGCGAGUCAGGCGGACCAUCUGCUUUACGCAAGAAAGGAUUGAUGCAAGAUCCUGCCGGCCUUGCCCUAUAUGCACGGCGUCCCGCCGGAUUCGACGAGACUCUAGUCGAGGCGAUCGAAGCUGGCUUACCGAUACCUGCUACGCCUAACGAGAUCACCGAUGCUUGGGUUGCUGGUACAAGAAGGAUUCUUAGCCGUCAAUCCCAUGGUGUGUACAUUACACCUCAAGGUGUACGUGCCGAAUACGUAAAAAUCAAGUCUCAGAUCCUGAUACUCAAGACCCCACGUCUGCAACAGGUCGACUUUAAUGAUCGAUGCAAGGUACACCCGUUUCGAUUCAUCUCCUCAAUGGCAGCACACAGCUUCGCGUACCGGACGUUUUAUCCUAGUAUGGCUGCUACGAAGCAGCCGGCGCAGCGGCCAACCAGAGUGAGCCUGGACAAGAAACCGCGCCCAACCAGUAGGCCGAGGAGAAAUUCAGGCCCAGCAGUCGGUGUCUUUCUUGAGGACCUUGUUCCUGAGACGCCUGCUCCGUGUUUGCCUGAAGACCCGUCGGGCGUCUCCAUUUCGAUUGACGACUCGAUGGAAGUCACCGAGACAGAGCCGGAAUUGACUCAUCAACCUAAAGGAAACGGUAAAUCUUUGAGAAGGGCAUCUACGAGAUCUAUAGGGUCAGAACACGUUACGCAGAACAGCCCGCUAUCCAUCAGCGAAGAGCCUCGACCAUCCCAAGACAAGCCGGAUAAUCUCGCUGGACAUAGACCUGAGACAAAGGAUCGACACGCUUCGAGCCUGCCGGAAGCACUACCUGAGCAACACGUGCCGGGUCAAAACGUGGCCCAACUGUCGAAGUCCACGCAGAGUCGGUUGUUAGACACCGUUCAUCAAACUGGAUCUACUUCUGUUGUUACUCCAGUUGCGUCAGAUGACCAAGAGGUCAUACAGGACAUAUCUCCUGUCGAAGCAAUCGAUGAGCAGCGUUUCGCGACGACGCAGGUCGAUCAGGGUAGCACUUCCCUGCCGGCUACGGUAGAAGCUGAGGAGGUGGUCAAUGACCUAGCCCCAGUCUCUGAGACAGCUCUCAUCGUUGAGGCAUCAACCAUACCUUUACGGCAAGAUUCGCACGUCGCAGGUGUCACGGAAGAUCAGUCUCGAAGAAUUGAUACAUCCGAUGUACAGGUGCAGCAAGACCAGACCACGGACUCUGCUCCGAGAGACGUCUCUAUAUCGGAGGAAACACGGCAGCCCGGACAAACUGCUCUUCUGGCGGUAGACGACAAUGUUUCCCCCGUUCGCGUAGGGCCUUCAAGGAAAGGUAUCAAGAAGCGUAUCUCACGCGCCAAAAGCCAACCUGACGACGACUUUUCACAACCGAGUGGCUCGGAAGCGGGUGGCAAGUCUAGAAAGCAGCAGAAUGGGGGAAGAGUCAAAUACACGCCCGGUGCAAAUGCUUUGUGUAGGAAGAUUGUUCUUCAACUCAUUUCCGAGACUUCUGGGGUCGUGCCGAACGACCCGUCGACUCUGAAGCGCAUCUCAGCACCUCGGUGGCAAGAAGCUGGGGCGGAGGAUCGACCAUUGCUCAAAGCCGUCAAAGGCGCGAUCAAAGCCCUCUGCGAAUCAGGAAAGCUGAGACAAGUCGUUUUUACAUUUCGUGGGAAGAGCGGAAUCAUGGUCAAACGGGCGGUGUUGUUUUUGCCGAACAUCAGUCCCCUCUCCGACCUCGUUGACGACGUCAAGCAGAAGAUGAUCGAUGCAGAGCCCGCUGACUACAUUCCACCAGAGUGGACGGCUGAAGGCGCUCGCGCUCCUUUGGUGGGGAAAAACGCUCAACGCACGCUACUUGAGGCUGACAGCACGCCUCCGCCAACAAGACGACGGGCAUCUUCAGCAAAGACCGACAGAACAGUUGACACUGGAGCAUCGCCGAGCACCAGAAGUGCCAGCCGUAGCGGGACGCGACAGCCAAGCUCUUCUCCGUCUCCACCUCCUGCUGUGUCAGCCGCAACUGGAUUUCUUACGCUCAAAGUUCCGUCUCUGGGUUCACUUCCAGUUGUGCAAAUAUACAACUGGAGGACACAAGCCCCGGUGACAGCUCUGCGCUUUGAUACUACCAUUUCGACCCCUCGGAAGCUGGGUUCGGGCGCUGCUCCAGCACCUAGACGAGGCCGUCUGAAGGCAACUUCUCGCCCAGCGGGUCGUUCAGUCGUGUGGGCAAAGCAACAGGCGAAGGAUUUUCCCUCAUGCGUGGAAGACAUUCUUCAGCUUCCCGAUCUCAGAAUCAGGUUCGAGGAUGUUCAGUCUGACGACGUUGACUGGCAGCGAUUUGCUUGCGAAGUUGAGGGUGUUCGCGCUUGGGAGGAACAGGCAGGAGAGUCCUUUCAGUCGGGCCGCACCAGAUACGCCUUCAUCAACCACACGGUUCCGCCUGCACUUUAUUCGGCUUCGGUCCAUCCCUCCACCGUUGACUUUGCUAGCUUGACUGCCUUUGACGAAAAUGGGUCCGAAGUUGAGUUUCCUUAUCCCGUUGAUGAAUCGUGGCCAGUCUUCGUGUCGGCGCUACAACAAUCUGCGGAAGAGGCUUCACGAAUCGUAGGACGAGAUUCCGAAGGAUCACCUCAAGGGCCGUCGCCUGUCAAGGCAAAGAGAGCCCGACGUUCCGCUCGACCAUCGAAGCGAAAGUUGGAGGUGGAGGAUCAGGGUGGUGAUGAGGAGGAUGUUUUUGCCCCUCGACCGAAACGACGAAAAGCGGGUGCCAAGGGGUCUCGCACAACUCGUGCUCGGAAUAGGACACUGGGAGCCGAUCAUGACAGUGCCACGAAACUGACUCGAGGCGUACAGUACCUUCGAGCCUUGCCCGCGGAGACGAUCUAUCGCAUCGCCGUUUCUGUGAUUGUCGUCCGUACAUUGGCAGGAGGCAUCGAGAGUUACAUCGACUGGCCCCUGGUCAUGACCAAUUUUCCUGAUCAGGAGGAAGAGUUCAUCAAGAGUCGUUGGAAGACAUUGUUGAACAAAUACCGGAGUGAUAUCCAGGGACUGACGGAAAACCUUCAAUGGAAAUACUUGGGAGCGCUGGAAGCCGGCGAGGUGCCCUCGGUCAAUUUUCAAGACCUAAAGGCCACCGAUUGGCGCGGGAUUAUCGAUUGGGCGAUGAGGAACCUCGACAAGUUCAAUUCGACACAGGUUGACGAGCUCCCUGGAACUCGCGAAGAAUUGCUUGACACGCAUAUUCUGGAAUUCAACGAGCCCAAACGCUCCUACCAUCUCUCGGGGUACAACACGCAGCAUACCAACCCUGUCAAAGACGAUGUCGUCUGCUCCACUGUGUUUGGCACAGAUUCUAUGGUUCUACCUUCUAAGCCUACAACCGCCACACCGGGGCUUCAUUUUGUCCCGCGAUACGAGGUGGAAAGAUCAGAUGCAGACCUCCGCCUGGCGAGAUCAUGGGUCCUCGCCACGAUUCUUACGCCGGAAUCGACGUUCAACCCCACCUUGGCUCAUGCCAAACUAUCUGGGCUUGCGCCUACGCCUACGGAAUGUGAAGCUCUCGUCACACGUGCCCUAAGGGUGCUUCAGGAUGAGAAGCUUGUUCAGCGCCUUGCUCAGCGCGCCCUCCGACCAUCAGAGCAAGUCUCCACCGUACGCGGGUGGGAAGCAAGUCGGAGACUCUUCGAGCGUCUCGAAGAACGGAGGAUGAUCAAUACCAGCAUGCUCCGGCGUGCCGUCACGUACAAGUUAGAGGUGGUAGACGCGGCUUUCGAGAUGGGCGAAAGCUUGGUGAUUGGAAAAGACAGCGCCCUGGACGACGGUGACACGGUGGCUAUUCUGAACCUCAUGGCCAUGGGUCAGAUCCGGCCCAGACCAGGGGCUGAUGUGCCCGACACGCGCUACGGCUUCGAUCACGAGCGUGUCGGUUACAAGACGCGAAACAUGGACAAGAAGCUGAUCAACUUUGGUGUCGAGUUUGCACCCACGCAAGCCUACGUCUUCGGCGAUCCGGGACGCCAACAUGACAGGCACCUCACGAUCCCGCGGGGAAAUGCGGACGAGCCCCGAGGGUUUAUCCCGCUGUGGAUUGAUAUCCAUGGGAACGUCCAAUCUGCGCUGUGGGACAUGUGCCUCGCGGGCGUCAUCGGGCUCGUGGUACAAUUUCCCGGCAUUACGGCGGGCGACCUGUCGAGAGCUCUGGGAUUUGCACUGGACCAAACCGAGGUUGAGCUCAUCCUCGACUGGUGCAUACAAGCCGGCUUUGCCAAAAUGGACGCGUGGAGCAAAGGCUACGAGACCACGGAGGACUGGUGGUGGUGUCUUGGUGCCGUUCGGGACGAGGAGGGAAGGUGA